AUGGAAGAUAGGCAUACGAACUGGAGAGGGGUUUUGUGGUGGGCGAAAUCAACUCUGAUAUCUGUGUUCUCUACACUUCGAAAAUUCAAAAUUAUGAGUUCAAAUAAUUUAAAAGUUGUGAAGGCAGUAAAGCUUCCUCUAGUUCCGGUUGAGAUGAAAUUAGCAAAGGCUGUGGCGUGGAAGAAACUGAGAAGGGGUGGAGUUAAACUUAAUAUUGAUGGUAGUUCCUUGGGCAAUCCUGGGUUGGCUGGCGGGGGAGGAAUCUUUCGAGAUAAAAAGGGGCGAACUGUGGCUGGGUUUGCAUCAUAUUAUGGUGAGGCUUCGAAUACAGUGGCUGAGGGUCGUGCUCUCCUUGAUGGACUACAAAUGGCGCAACAAUUAGGACUCAAAGACUUUAUGGUGGAAUCGGAUUCGACAGUCAUGGUUGGAUGGAUUCAGUCUGGGAGAUGGUCGCUUUGGAAAGCGAAUAUGGUUACAGAUUGCCUUGCCAAACAAGGAGCCAAGAAUAAUGUUGGUUUGUUUACGGGUGCAGAUGUAGGGAGUGGCAUGCUUAGAGGAUUGUUGCGAACGGAUAGUUGGGAAUUGCCGUAUUUACGUUUAUGA